UUCGCGUGCUGUCAACCCACGGCGCGCACAUAAGUCUCUUUUUGUGCCCGAAAAAACCCCUCUGUCACCGUGAAAUAUUUUGGAUCCUGGCACUUUGACACGCUGCCAAGGAAAAAGAGAAAACAUUUGAAACUUCCGGCGUGACAGCUCGGGUCAUCCCCUGAUUUUUCGUAUUUGUGUUAAAUAAGACGGCUACUAAGAUUUUCUUCCAGACGUCCGGCUCGAGCGAGAGCAACAACACGUUUAGAGAAAUGGACCGCACGAAACGCCAAGGUUUGAUGCUCGUUCUGGCGCUUAGUAUUUCGCUGUGUUCAUUAGCCAACGGUGCCUGUGUUCAGGAAGAAAACGGAGGUCCCGUUCAUUGCUGUGAUCAAAGAGAACAUGGCGGUUCUCUUCAAUGUUGCGGCGGCAGAAACAGCAGUUGUGGCAUGGAGGAUUACGUUCAUAAUACUAUUUGCUACUGCGAUGAAUUCUGUGAGACGGCCGCGGACUGUUGUCCUGAUUUUGAAAGUGUGAAGAGACCAUGCGGCUGGGGAAAUGUGAAACAAGACUGCGUAGUUUCUCCAUGGUCGGAUUGGGGUCCCUGUAGUCCGCGAUGCGGCAUAGGCUUCAGACGGAGGACUCGGACUGUGACAUUCCGACCAAUGAACGGCGGAAGAGAAUGUCCUCCGCUUAUAGAAAAUAGUGGAUGUUUUACAAAACUUUGUGGAGGCAAAGAAUUAGGUUUUGCAAGAAUUUUACCCUAUAAGUUCAAGAAAGAACGCGCUCCUUCAGUGUGGGACAAAAUCCUACCAGCGCCGAGGGAAGAAGUGAAGACGACGGAGGCACCAAAGAGGCCAAGCUAUUGUAUACAUUACAAGGUGCACUUCAAGCACCCGCACUGUAGAAAUACCUGGGCAGACAAGCUUGACCCACAGACCCCAAUCUGUGUUGAGUGUCAAGACGAGGCCAUGAACAAGCACGGAAAGUGUAAGGGCCAAGGGCUUUUUGGGGAUGUGACGUUGUGGGAAGCAGUCGACCUCAAAAGCUGUUACGGUGGCUGGCUGAAGAUUGGGCCAAAGAUUCCCAAUUGUACGUGCCAAAAUAAACAAUUCAACAAUUUUAUAUUUAUAUAAAAGCAUUAGCAGUAUUUAGCUCAUAUAAUCAACAGCUUGCUUCAUAAGGUCAACCGAGAUGACAUCAUCCUGAGCUCACAGUUCGGAGAACGCUGAUACGUAGAACAUUCGAUUUUAGUUCCAGUCUCUUUCGACGCUUUCUGUUGAUGCCAUUGCAAGGCCAAUGAUUGAAUCAAACGGCAUUCAUUUUAAUUCCACUUUUAGAGACGCAAUCCUUUCGAUCGGAGCCAUGUCUUGCAAGGUUGUAUAUAACCGAAAGCUAAUUUGUACCGCUGAUUUUAAAGGAUCGCGGCUCUGAAGACGAGACUGCAUUCAUCGCGCUAAUAUUUUGCUCGAAGUCGAUUUGCUUUUUAAUUAGUAAUUGCCUGGAAAUUAUCUAACUAUAAUCAUCUUAGAAGGGCUUUUCUUGUAACGGCCGUUAAGGGCAAAAUCAAGAAUUAUGCAAAAUCGUAAACUAAUUCUUAUCCGAUCGUAAAAUCUUGGCCAGUUUUCCUGGUGAUAAAAUUUAGGAAUUUAGGAGGCAGACUAAUUGUAUAUUUUAGUUUUAGCUUUUUUUGUUUUAUACGUUGUAACGUAAAAAAACACUAGCAGCAUCUAAGCGUUGACAAAUUAGAAUCUUAAAUUAACCCGUGUAAACCGCUAGACCCAGUUCCCCUGAAACUUUGUUAUUUCCCUGAGAACAAUUUUCAAUUGGGCGUUGAAAGUAUUCAAGGUUUACUUAACUUUUCUCUGUGAUUGGUCCAGAAAACUCGCGCCAUUCUCUCGUUCUCUCAUUGGCUGUAUAGGAUAUUUUCCAUUCUUCUGAUUGGCCAAUGCGGAUCCUUUGGUUUUGGUUUUGUGACACUAUAUCGAAAAGCGCACUUAACCCUUAAAUUCCCAGAUCCAUUAAGUGAUUCACCUCACUGUUGGCCAUACAAUUCUUAAGAUGUUAGUUUGGAGAAUUUGGUAUUAGAUCAACUAAUAAUUCCUUCAAGGAUAUUUUUCUUUCCUCGUUGAUAUUUUCCUUCGGUUUUGGUUUUACGACACUCUGUUGCGCUUAACUCUUUACUCCCUAACAUCAAUAUACAUAUUCUCCGCACUGCUCCCUAUACAUUUCCAAAGGUGCUGACAAGGAGAAUUUGUUCAAACAUCAAGAGCCUGUUUAGUUGGUGAUCAUCUCCUUUAUUCUCAUGACCUUAAUCUUUCAUUCAGGGGUGAUAUUGUUAGGAGAAGAUGUUAGUCACUUUUAGGGGUUAAAGGUUAACUAUUAAAACAGCCCGGCUUCUCCCAAAGCAACACCCCGCUCAGAACUGUUCCUUACCCCCCUGUGUCCUUAACUCUCAGGCACGCCUUAACCCUUUACAUCCUAAUAUCAGUAUUCAUAUUCUCCAUACUGCUCUCUGUACAUUUACUAAAGUGCUGACAAGGAGAAUUUGUUAAAAAAUCAAGAGUUUCUUUAGUUGGUGAUCAUUUCCUUUAUACUCAUGACUUAAAUAUUUAAUUUGGGGGAUUACUAUAAGGAGAUAUACGAUUUAAGAACUUUUUGGGGAAACUCAACUGGUUUACAGUUCAGAGGUGGCAAGGGUUUACGGGUUUGAAGUGAGUUAGUCAAAUAGCAUACGGCUUAAAAGUAGUUCAAGUGAUCCAUGCAGAUUGUAAUUGAUUGCACUGUACAAUCAUUUUGCUGUUAUUGUUAGUAGAGAUACAAUUUUAAUAAAGUGAAGAACUGAA